AAUUGUAAAGACUAUGAAUGACAAUAAUAAUAGUAAAGAUUUUGUACAGAAUUAUGUAUAUUCAGUGAUUAUCUGUAUAUAUAUUAUCAUAAUUAUAAUAUUUGGUUUAAUUGCUAGAUUUGGCCGAAACUGUUAUAUUAGAGAAAUUUGCGAUACAUGUGAUGGCAUUGAGUUAAAGACAUUCAAAUCAUCUAAUUAUUACAAUGAUGUGAUAAAUAGUCCGUCCAUUUCAGUGGACAUCAAUGUCAAUGAUAAGAAAUUGAUGGAAAUGAUUGAUAUUGCCGUACAAACGGAUCCAUUGGCACCAAUCAAAAGAUACAUAAAGAAACCCCAAAGAGUGUACGCUAUUGUGCACGUGUAAGACACGAGUGAAAGUGUGUGGGA